AUGGCGGCCGUGAUGUUCCCGAACCAGCUGGCAAACAAGAUGAGACUUGAGUUAAAACUAUCCGAUGAGCAGAGUCCUUGUUCUUCAUGCUGCGCCGCUGACGCAAAUGAGCCCAGUUCUCCGGAUUCUGGUUUCUCUUCGGAUGAGUAUACGGUAGCGCCGCUUCCCCGUAACAAAUUAGAUCGCAGUAAAACUUUGCCUUCAGCUCUCCGAAGAGCACGUUCGAAACAGAGUGAAAAGCGCGUCCGAUUCGCCGAUGCUCUAGGUCUUGAUCUGGAAAAACGCGAAUACUUCACAAUCGAGGAGAACUGCUUUCCAAUUUAUACUCCCUCCACUACUAACUCUAAUGGAUCGGCCAAGAAAAAUGCGGAACGCAUAGUGUUGUCCAACUUCAUCUAUCGUUCGGAUUCGGAAUACAGCAAACGCACUCGAAGUUCUAAAUUAUGUGUUAGCUCGCUUCGUGUAGUCGGUGUAACGGUUGUCGGUCAAGUUGAUGUUCUAAACAUCGCUUUUGAUAAAAAGAUUUUUGUUCGUUUUACCUGUACUAAUUGGACUGACUAUCGUGACAUUCCUGCUUCAUUUUCUCGCAGUGUUGGGGAUGUUGAUAGCUUUGUAUUCUCAAUUUCGUUGCCAGCUGAAAUGAAGGGUACCCACUGCGAGUUUUGUGUUUGCUACAUGGUUUCCGAUCAAGAGUAUUGGGAUAAUAAUACGGGAAGAAAUUAUCAUAUUGACGUUGUGAAGCCUCGAACUGUCCCUGUUUCCAAUAAGACAUACAUCUUCACUCCUUCAGCCCGUUUUUCACCCCGUCGCCUGGUUGGUAGAGGAGUGUCUGCAGAGGAUUCUGAUGACGAAUCCUAA